AUCUCUUGCGCGGGGCUCAGCUAUCCGUCCGCGCAGUACACCUACGAGAUCUCGCCCGAGCUUAUCGAAUCGCUGCUGAAAGUCAACUUCCCCUACCUCGUGACCACGCGCAUGUCGCGCCUCCGGAAGCCGUCAUUCGCAGUUCCCUCCGUCGAGCGCUUCGUGCGCGACACCGUGCAGAGCCCUGAUGCGCAACCGCAUUGCGUAACGCAAGUGCCUAACGUGGCGCAACCAUCGAGCCUUUACCAGGUUCUUCGCUAA